CUCAACCAUGACAUCACAAUCUCUAUGGUAACAGAACCAACUGCUUCUAAUCUGAACAUUCUGAAACAAACUCAUUUGUGCAGCGAUCAACAUUUCAGUGGAUUGGUGGUUCGGUGUUUCUACGUGAUCAGUGCUAAUUUCCAAAUGGCUACACUCUAUGUUGGCGAUCUUCACCCUGACGUGACCGAGUCCAUGCUCCUGGAGAAAUUCAGCUCUUUCGGGCGAGUUCGUAAUCUCUGCUUGAACAUCGGCACAUCACUCCAAUAUGCUUUUAUCAACUUUCAGCAUAGGGCCGAUGCUGAGCGUGCUUUGGAGCUGCUCAAUUUUGACAUACUUUUGGGUCAGCCCAUGCGCAUCAUGUGGUCCCAGAGUGACUCAUCCAUCAGAAAGAGCAAUGAGGGAAAUAUCUUCAUCAAGGGCCUGGAGAAGUCCAUUGACAGCAUGGCUCUUUACGACACCUUCUCCACCUUUGGAAACAUCCUCUCAUGCAAGGUGGUGUGCGAUGAAAAUGGGUCCAAGGGAUUCGGAUAUGUGCACUUUGAGAGUGCCGAGGCUGCCGAGGCUGCCAUCAAGAGGCUGAAUGGCAUGCUCUUUAAUGACCACUACGUGUUUAUCACACACUUCAAGUCCCGCAAGGAGCGCCAAGAGCAGAAGAAGGAAGAGAGACAUCCUAAACCUCAACACAAGUUUGAGCAGUGUGUGAACCUGUGUCUGAGGAAUCUUGAUGUCUCUGUGGAUGACGAGCGUCUACAUAAAGAGUUCUCACCUUUUGGAACCAUAAUCCACGCAAAGGUGAUGAGUUCCAAUGCCUGCUCUGGAGGGUUUGGGUUUGUGCGCUUCUCCUCUCCAGAGGAAGCCACAAAGGCCAUGAACGAGAUGCAGGGAAGGAUGCUGGACAGAAGGGCACUGCGCAUCCGUCUGAUUCAGCGCAAAGAGGAGAGACAGGCUUCUCUCUCCAGUCAGGGGACACAGGCUGCCCAAAAGGCUGUAGUAAACCACCAUCAACCUGCACCCCUCUGUGACAAAAUCAUGGAUCCUAUUCCUCAGGCUCAGAACUCCACUGAUAAUAGCACAAGCGUCCAUCAAGUCGAGCCUCAUCCAAGUACACACAGGGCUACGCAGGACGUCCAGGUGCAGAGUUUCCACAACAAGCCGGAAGUGAUUGCACCUGCAGUAACACAUGCGCAGGCCAAUCAGGUGAUAGCUAAAAACCAAACUACAGUCACGGACGCUGUUCCAACUGUAGUUUCGGUUGCAGUUCCCACUGCAGCUAAAGCUGUACUACCUACGAUACCGACUGCGAGUUUAAAAGCAGUACCGGCUGCAGUACCAGCUGCAGGUUGGAAACCAAUACCGACAGCGAGUAUAAAAGCGGUACCAGCUGCAGCAACUCCAGCACCUAUGAUAGAUGAGCAGGUGACCAAGGACACACAAGACACACAGCAGUCCCAGGAUACACAGGUUGAGCAUUGCUUCGGGUGAGGGAAGCUGGUCAGCACGUGUGUUUGCCUCCACCCAACAAGAAGAAUAAGAAAAGGAGAAAGAAGUAGCACUUCCAAUAAAAAUCAAUUACAAAUUGCACCUUAAUCCUUAGGAAUUUUUCAUUAGAAAUUAAAUAGAAAUACAAUAAAUGUAUUAAUUGUCAACACUAUUAAAACCUCUGUGAUUAAAUGAGAAUAAUAAUAACUGUGUUUAUGUAAUAAUAGUAAUAAUUACUAUUAAGUAUUAGCUUUAGACUUUUUUUCUGAAAACUUAUGCAAAUGCAAAGUAAUGCAAUGUGAUUCAAACUUAUUUUUGUUAAGGUAAGUAAUUGGUAAAUUGAUGGGGUGCAAGUGCCUACAACGGUCAUGUGAGCAUCAGAACUGGACCAUGGAGUGCUGGAAGAAGGUGGUCUGGUCUGAUAAAUCACGUUUUCUUUUACAUCAUGUGGAUGAUGUGUGUGUCGAUUACCUGGGGAAGAGUUGGCACCAAGAUGUACUAUGGUAAGAAGGCAUGCCGGCAGAGGUGUUGAAAUUGGCCUCUAAAUUCCCCAGAUCUCAAUCCGAUCAAGCAUCUGUGGGAUAUGCUGGACAAACAAGUCUGAUCCAUAGAGGCCCCACGUCACAACUUAAAGCACUUAAAGGAUCUGCUGCCAAUGUCUUGGUGCCAGAUACCACAGCACACCUUCAGACGUCUUGCAUUGACGGGUCAGAGCUGUUUUGGGAACCUACUGUACACAAUAUUUGGCAGGUGGUUUUAAUGGCUGUUUGGUAUAUAUCAGUAUAUAGAUCGAUGUAUAUAUAAUGUGUAUGGAAUACUUGAGUAAAAAUAUCUGUCAAAAACUGUGUGCCAAAAUGUAAUUAGAGUAAUGUAAA